GGGACGGCAGCCGGGCCAUGGCGGAGCCGCUGUGGCGGACGCCCCCGGGCCGCCUGGCGCCGCCGCACGUUUACCGCAUGGCCGGGGCGCUGGGAGCCGAGCUCCGCCGCCUGGCCGGCCGCUUCGGGCCCGACGCCGUGGCCGGGCUGGUGCCGCCCGUCGUGCGGCUGCUGGAGCUGCUGGAAGCGCUGGUGGCAGCGGCGGGCGCCGACGGAGAGACACAGGCUCAGGCUCAGGCUCAGGCGCGGCGGGACGCGGCGGACCCGGAGCAGAGGCUGUGGGAGGCCGAGUGCCGGGAGCGGCUCCUGCGUGGCCGCCUCACCUGCCUGGAGAAGCAGAACCAGCAGCUCCUGGGGCAGCUUGCAGAGAGCCAGGCCCAAGAAGACAGCACAGUGAGGAAGGAGAGGGAGGUGAUGCUGCGGCUCAAGGAGGUGGUUGACAAGCAAAGGGACGAGCUCCGUGCCCAGGCUCACGAGAUCGUCUGCAAGAGCCGAGACACGGAGGCGCUGCAGGAGCAACUGCAUCGCUUCAUGGCCAUGAACGAGGAGCUGCGCCACAAGGUGGCCGUGGUGCAGGCUCAGCUCAAGAGCACGCUGGAGAAGAAGUCAGACCUGGAGGCUGCAAUGCUGCAAACCCAGAGGGAAAUGAACAGGAGGAGCAGGAUCACCUCUGAGACCCAGCAGCCCAAACCCAGCCUGGAAGGAGCAGCGUCACCCGAGGAGGAGCCGCAGCCCCAGGAUGUGGGCAGGAGCCCUUCUCACUGCUGCUUCUCCAAGGAAGAGCUGCAGCAGAUCCUGCAAGAGAGAAACGAGCUCAAGACCAACCUGUUCCUGGUGCAGGAGGAACUGGCCUAUUACCAGAGGGAGCUGCUGAAUGAAGAGAGAGUUCCCAGCUUCUUCUUGGAUGCUAUGAAAUCAGCUGUCAAAAGGCAGAGGAAAAAAAUCAGAGCCAAGAUGCUGGGAACGACGGAGGAGUCGGGGAGCAGCGAUGAAGAUGAGGCCUCCUGGCUCCCAGCCCGUGGCACAGAUUGUGUGGAUGCUCAGCCUCCUGAAUCCAAAAUUAGGAGCUUCUUUGGGCUGUGGUAUCAGGACAGCAGCAAAGAUCCCCCCACAGCCAGCUGCUCUGGAGCCUGGGAAAUCAUCGACUCUCUGGACACGCAGCUGAAGGCCGAGGGGCAGAGUGAGCCCGUGGGCAGCAGCCCCACGCUGCCCCUCUGAGCC